CCAGCUGCAGAUUCCACCUACUGCCGCAUACCAGAAUCACAGGACGCCGCCCUGCUCCAUUCACCCGCAAAAUGCCUUCCAUAUUCUCAAUUGCCUCAAUCUGCUGGCUGCAACUUUGCGCAACAGCAAUUGCCCUUCCAGUAGAGCAGAAACCGCUUCUACUCAACGGCCCCAAAAAUGUCAGAAAUGUUAGGACACAGCCAACAUUCAGCACUGACAGCCCUCUAGUCAUCGACGACUUUCUCCCCAGUCUCACACUUUCCAUCGCCUGGCCGGAUGCCAAGGCUAAGCUAGGCAAUACUGUCGAUCCAGAAGACCUUCAGAAGCAACCCACCGUCAUUCUGCACGACGACACUAGCCCGGACGGCAAGCACGCUAGUUCUGGAAUGAGCUAUAUUGUCACCUUGACAGACCCAGAUGCCCCGUCCCGCGACAACCCAGAGUGGAGUGAAUUCUGUCACUGGAUUGCUUCCAAUGUCUCCAUUGCUCAAGAUGCGUUUUCUGUCCUGCCUGUGCCAGAGUUUGGCCUCACUGAGGAGAUUGAAUCAACAGAAGAGCUGGAUGAUGUCAUGGAAUACAAACCUCCUGGCCCACCACCCAAGACUGGCAAACAUCGCUACGUGUUUCUUGUUUUCGCGCCCAAGAAUGGAACUACCGAGCCUUUGCAUCCGAGCAAACCGCAGGACCGUAAACAUUGGGGUACGGGGAAAGAACGUGGCGGCGUAAGAGAAUGGGCCCAGGAGAACGAGCUCGUUCCCGUGGCAGCGAACUUUAUCUAUUCCGAGAACGAGAAGCAGUAACUAUAACGGCUUUUGUAUAAUUAAUCACGACAUAAUACCUUAAUUUCUUCUGUGGGUACCGGAACAGAGUUUAAUGGAGUCUAAUCGGAAUUUUAUCAAUCA